ACAUAGGUCCUGCAGAGAGAAGCUUACACCGCAACAACAGGAGGACUAAUCGUAACUUUAGUCAUCGAGCCAUUGUUUUCAUAUUUUUAUCGAACUUAUAGAGGUGGGGGAACUGUAAUUGAAGCUAUGUUGAUUAUAGUAACAGAAAGUAGUUGUACUCAUUGUUGUAAUAUUGCUUAUUGAUUAGUUUUUUUUUUUUACAACUAUCAUAACAAUAGUACAGGGGAAGAGCAGUGAUAUUCCCAUAUUUAGUAUUUGAAGUGUUUGCGGUUUGAAGACAGAGAAUCUUUGCACGUUCGGUCAACCUAAUGGUCAAACUGUAGCUGCUCCUGUGGUGUCAGUAGCACGGAGCAGGUGUGAAGUCACAAACAGACGAUAUAGGUAGAAUAGAGUGAAAUGCAGAACUACGAGGAGUCGGUGUCGUUCCUGGGGACCUGGGGCCCGUUCCAGAGGAGAAUCUUCUUCCUGCUCUGUCUCACCGCCGUUCCGAGCGGAUACAACAUCCUGUCCGUCAUCUUCCUGCUGGCCAGCCCCCCUCACCGCUGCCACAUCCCUGCCCACAGCAACCUGAGCCAGGACUGGAUUCAGGCCAGCAUCCCGGUACAGGCGGCCGGGCGGCCUGAGAGGAGCAGUUGUAGCCGCUACGAGCUGGACCUGGUGCAGAACCUGUCUGCAGUAGUGGGAACCAAUCUCAGCCUGGACCAGAUCCAGAACCUGUCUGUGCCGGUCCACCUCUCUGACCUGAAGCAGGAGGGCUGUAAAGACGGAUGGACCUACAGUACUGAGUACUACCAGUCCACUGUAGUCACCGAGUUAAACCUGGUGUGCAAAGACGAGUGGAAACAGCCCCUGUCCUCUCUCUUCUACUUCCUGGGAGGAUUGUGCGGUUGUUUCAUCUCUGGACAGAUGGCUGACCGGUUUGGCAGGAAGCCCGUUCUGUUCGGUGGCAUCGGCCUUCUAAGCGUCUUCAGCACCGCUGUGGCUUUCGCCCCCUCUUGGCCCGUCUUCACCGCGCUCUUCUUUAUGCUGGGCAUGGGUCAGAUUGCCAGCUACAUAGUUGUGUUUGUGCUGGGUUCAGAGAUCCUGAUCGGUUCGACCAGAGUUUACUUCUCCAGCCUGGGUUUGCCUUUUUUCUACGUGAGUUCUACGAUGCUGACGGCUGUCACUGCCUAUCUGGUCAGUAACUGGAGACACCUGUCACUGAUCAUGGCCUUGCCCGGCGUGGCCUGCAUCCCCCUUUGGUGGCUGAUUCCGGAGUCUCCUCGCUGGUUGGUGUCUCGCGGCCGUUCGCAGGAGGCAGAACUCCUGCUGAGGUCGGCAGCUCUGGAGAACCACGUGCAACCUCCGCAUGUCAUCUUCCCGUCAGCUAACGCUGAGAAGGCACCGAGCCAGAAAGCGGAGUCCCAUAGCAUCCUGGACCUGCUGAGGACCACGAACAUUCGAAACAUCACCCUCAUGCUGUGGCUCAUCUGGCUUUCUUCGAGCGUGAGCUACUUUGGAUUGUCCUUCAACAUGUCGAGCCUCUACGGAAGCCCCUUCCUGAACUACUUCCUGUUGUCCGCCGUUGAGCUCCCGGCAUAUGUGACCACCUGGCUGGCAGCGCGCAGCCUUCCGCGCCGCCUGUCGUUCAUCAUCUUCACCGUGCUGGGCGCAAUAGCGCUGCUCCUCAUUCAGGCCAUCCCGCGCAGUAAUCCAGCUCUGACCCUGACUCUGGUGCUGCUCGGCAAAUUUGGCAUCCUGGCCGGCAGCGGGGUGAUGUACAUGUACACGGGGGAGCUCUCUCCCACGGUCAUCAGGAACACAGCAAUGUCGUCCUGUGCCAUGUUCUCCAGAGUGGGGUCUUCUGUUUCCCCAUACUUGCUGCAGCUGGCCGUGUUCUAUCAGUUCCUGCCGUGGAUCGUGGUGGGUUCGCUGUCGAUGCUCAGUGUUCUUCUCUGUCUCUGCCUGCCGGAGACGUUCAGGCAGCCGCUUCCUGACACCAUCCAACAGCUGGCGCCCAUACAGAGGUUCAGGUGGCCAUGGACCUCGGACCUUCCUUCAAAGGAUGAUGGGAAGUCAGCUAAAAGUCAGACCACUGCACCUGAGAUCAUUUGCACAACUCACCUAUAAGACUCCUGACAGAUAAACAAAUAAAAAAACAAAAACCACUGACGAGGCUAAAACUGUUAUAUUUUAUAAAGAAGAUUCUUAUUUUGUCAGGGUGGUGGUGUUGUUCUCUGUGUCCUGACGAAGUAGUGACUUUUGCACACUGGGACAGAACUUGAAGAGCCCUUAGUGAUGCAUUCACCGGCACCUUAUGAAUCAGCUUAUUGAAAUUCCAUACAAUAUGGGAAACUCAUGCAGAGCUUCACUAAAAAUGAAGUCACAGAACAACUGAAUGUUUUUUACCCCCAUUAAAGUCAAUGAGAUGAGAAAAGCAUUAUUUAAAAUCACACAACAGAUAACUUUGCUCAAUGCAAAUCUAGUUUUACUGUUUUGCUGCACAUGGGUUGAAACACUGGCACGUUAAUUCAAUUCAGUUUUAUUUAUGCAGAGUUAAAUCUAAAGGCACUUUUAUAGAGCAAAGUCAAAACCUUAUGAUAGUAUGAUAGAAAGGAACCCAAACAGUUCGCAUCAAGAGUGGGGGAAAAAAAUGCUCUCCAACAGGAAGAAACCUCGAACAGGGCUGGAUGACCGCCUGCCUCGACCGUUGGACAGUAAACAGUAAACAUAAAUGUGAAUGUGACAAUCAGUCUAAGUAUGAAUAUGAAAGAGAAAGGAAUUGUGUAUCAUGAACAUUAUUUUUGUAUGAUUGUGAACAUUAACAUGCGUUAAUGCAAAGACUUUGCUAUAGAAAUGUGAAAUGUGUUUGUACAAACUUGAAUGUUGAGUUGUGUUUAUAAGAAUGUUUUGUUUUGUUUUUACCUGUAUGAUUGAGACAAACAUUAGUUUGUGUAUAUAUUUAAUGUGAUGUAUAAAUUUAUUUUUAAAAAGUCA